CUACAAAUAUUUUUAACAUUAUCAGCAGCAAUUAUCAUCGCCGCUCAGCAGUAUGGCUAUUAUCCCAACCAGUACUACAAUGUAGGUCCUACAUUCUCCAGUGUAAGCACAACGCCGUAUCCUUUGUAUGGACAGAAUAAUAUACGUAUUUGGCCUUAUGUUAUUGGACAGUAUGGCAACCCCACCACAAAUUAUCCAUAUAAUCAAUACAAUCCUAACACUUAUACCAAUCCUAAUGAUCCAAAUAGGUGGCAAAACUGGUAUAAUUCAGUAUAUCAAAAUGGUCUAUUUAAGUGAGAACA